AUGAAAUUUGUUCAAUUGGCUGCUACUGUUGCUGCUACUGCGGCAUCUGUCGCUAAAGGUGCUGAAGUGUCGUCUUCUUCUAAGAGCCGUGUUCCAAGAACUUACUCUACUGUGAGCCCAGAGCCUACCGAUAUUGCCAAGGCUGCAUCUAAUGCUACUACUAACCAUUUCACCUCUGAUGUUGAUGGUGCUGCUUUCAAGAGAUUGGUUGUUGUCUGGCUGGAAAACACCGAUUAUGACAAGGCUGCUGGUGAUUCUGACAUGCAAUGGUUGAGUGAACAAGGUAUUACCUUGGAUAACUACUGGGGUGUCACUCAUCCUUCUGAGCCAAACUAUAUGGCUUCUGUUGGUGGUGACUACUUUGCGCUAGAUGAUGACAGGUUCAUCUCUUUGCCAGCCAACGUGUCCACUGUCGUUGAUUUGUUGGAGACUAAGGAUAUUACCUGGGGUGAGUACCAAGAAAACUUGCCAUACACUGGUUUCCAAGGUUUCAACUACUCUGAUCAAACUACUUUCCAAAACAACUAUGUUAGAAAGCACAACCCAUUGAUGCUUUACGAGUCUGUCACUAACAACCAAACCAGAUUGGGUAACAUCAAGAACUUCACCUUGUUCCAAGAGGAUUUGGAGAAGGAGACCUUGCCACAAUUCAUUCACAUUACUCCAAACAUGUUGAACGAUGGUCAUGACACUACCAUUAGAUACGCUGCUAACUGGACCAGAUCUUUCCUGGAACCAUUGUUGAGCAACGAUUAUUUCAUGAAAGAUACUUUGAUUGUGUUGACUUUUGACGAAAACGAUACUUACUCCGUCAAGAACCAAGUCUUCACCGUCUUGUUGGGUGGUGCUAUCCCAGACGAAUUGAAGGGUACUACUGACUCCACUUACUACGAUCAAUACACUUUGAUUUCCACUCCAGAAGCUAACUGGGACUUGCCAUGUCUAGGUAGAAACGAUGUUGACGCCAAUGUGUUCGAAUUUGUCGCUAACAAGACUAAUGUCUCUAACAAGGUUGUUGACACCACUUUCAAGGUCAACAAUGCCACUUACGUUGGUUACUUGUUGGAUGACACUAUCCCACUACCAGCUCCAAACGUUAGUGCCAUCAACAUGAACGGUCAACCAGUCUUGAAGGCUAUCCAAGAGAAAUGGGGUUCCGUCUACUCUGAACAAAUCUCUGAAAGCUACUUCACUUCUACCACUACUACCGUCUCUGGUUCCUACACUAUCUCCAACGCUAUUGUCACCGCCAGCUCUCAUGCUAGUGCAAACUCUACUAGCCAAAAUUCCAGCAACUCUUCCAACUCUUCUAAGAGUUACUCUGGCAGCUCUGUCGGUGCCGCUGUAGCGCUAAGUGCUCUACCAUUGGGUGGUUUGCUAGGUGUCGCUGUCGCUUUCUUGCUAUAG